AUGUCCGUCCGGCAAAGGAAGAACAGUAUUACGCAGCGCGCUCAUUAUUGUCCGCCAUGGAACAAUACGAGCAUCAUUGGUGUUGCUGGCAGCUCUGGCUCUGGCAAGACCAGCCUUGCUCUGGCUGUCGUGUCCGGUCUUAAUCUGCCUUGGGUCGUCAUCUUAUCUAUGGAUUCGUUCUACAAGCAGCUUACACCAGAGCAGUCCAAGGCAGCGUUCAGAAAUGAGUUCGAUUUUGACUCUCCCGACGCCAUCGACUUCGAUCUGCUUGUUGAGAAAUUGCGUGAGAUCAAAGAGGGCAAAAAGGUUGAGGUUCCAGUCUAUUCCUUCGAGAAACAUGCACGCGAGGAACGCACCAGCACCAUCUACUCGCCUCAUGUACUUAUCCUCGAGGGCAUCUUCGCUCUUCAUGACCAACGUAUCCUCGACAUGCUCGACCUAAAGGUUUUCGCUGAGGCCGAUCCAGAUGUCUGCCUUUCACGUCGCGUACUACGUGAUGUCAGAUACCGUGGUCGUGAUGUCGAAGGUUGCAUGAAGCAGUGGUUCGCCUUUGUGAAGCCCAACUUUCACAAGUACGUGCACCCUCAACGCGAGGUUGCCGACAUCAUCGUGCCCCGAGGUAUCGAAAACAAAGUCGCCAUUCGCAUGAUCUCUGAUCAAAUUUCCAAGACGCUCAAGGAAAAAAGCAAGAUGCAUCAGUUGGAGCUCAGCCGUCUCGGCAAGAACGUCGAAAAUAAUCCGCUCAGCGAGAAUGUGAUAUUGCUGCCCCAGCGCAGACAAAUAUUGGCGAUACAUACGCUGCUUAUGUCGCCCACACUGCCUCGUGAGGAAUUUAUAUUUUAUUUCGACCGCGUAGUUGUCAAUUUGAUCGAACGUGCAACAGCAUGUCAGGAAUACCAGCCAACGCAGAUCAUGACGUCUCUCACGCCAUAUAUCGGCCUUGAGGCUCAAGGAGAGGUUUCUGCCGUAGUCAUUCUACGUGGAGGCUCUGCCCUCGAGACAGGUUUAAAGCGAGUAAUCCCCGACUGUCGGACAGGCCGGCUAUUGAUUCAGACCAAUUACCGCACCGGCGAACCGGAGUUGCACUAUCUAAAGCUUCCGAACGAUCUCGACUCUCACGGAUUGGUUCUUUUGCUCGAUGCGCAAAUGAGUAGCGGCGGCGCCGCGCUCAUGGCGGUAAAGGUGUUGGUUGAUCACGGCGUGCCAGAAGAGAAGAUCGUGUUCGUCAGCUACAUGGCGGGCAAGAUUGGAAUAGGCCGUCUGAUGAGUGUCUUCCCAGAUAUAAGAGUAGUGGUCGGCCGAAUUGUGGAUGACCAGGAAAGCAGAUGGGUUGAGGAGCGAUAUCUAGGCUGCUGA